AUGACUCGUCUUAAUCUAUCUAUCUAUCUAUCUAUCUAUCUAUCUAUCUAUCUAUCUAUCUAUCUCAGACUGUCAUAUCUAUUUAUCAAACUAUCUCUCUCAGACUGUUCAUAUCUAUCUAUCUAUCUAUCUAUCUAUCUAUCUAUCUCUCUAUAUAUAUAUCAGUCUGUUCAUAUCUAUCUCAGACUGUUCAUAUCUAUCUUUCUAUCUCAGACUGUUCAUAUCUAUCUAUCUAUCUAUCUAUCUAUCUAUCUAUCUAUCUAUCUAUCUAUCUAUCUCAGACUGUUCAUAUCUAUUUAUGAAACUAUCUAUCUCUCUCUCUCUCUCUCUCUAUAUAUAUAUAUAUAUAUAUAUCAGUCUGUUCAUAUCUAUCUAUCUCAGACUGUUCACAUCUAUCUUUCUAUCUGUCUAUCUCAGACUGCUCAUAUCUAUCUAUCUAUCUAUCUAUCUAUCUAUCUAUCUAUCUAUCUAUCUAUCUAUCUCUGUGCAUAUCUAUCUAUCUAUCUAUCUAUCUAUCUAUCUAUCUAUCUAUCUUAUGCCAGUCUUUUUAUUUAUUUUUCUACUUUCUGUCUGUUUGUUCUUUUGUUUUUUUUUUUUUGUUUAUCUGUUGUUCAUCCGUCAAUCCAUUUUUUAUGGGUUGUCAUCAGAGUGCAGUGUUUAUCAAGGCGUAUUUGCAAGUGA